AUGGAGCACCGGGCCUCGGUGCCCGGCGGCGGCUCCUCGGCCAAACGCCCCCCCGCCGCAUCGAUGGCCGCCCGCCGCCCCGUGCUGCUCGCCCUCGGCGUCGCCGCCGCCGGCCUGUGGCUGCUGAGCGGCGUGCUCGCGCCGGCCGCGGCGGAGACGCCCGCCUUCGUCGCCCCCUCGCCAGCGCUGCGCGGCCCGGCGCGCAGCACCCUGGCGGGGGCGGAGCUCGAGAGGGCCGUGCCCGCCGUGGCCCUGCGGGCGCUGCCGGAGCCGAAGCCCAACGAGGAGAUGCUGCCGGUGGACCUCAACCGCACGUCCCUCUACUGGGGCCUGCUCACCAUAUGCAUCCUGUCCGUGCUGUUCUCCAGCUACUUGUUCAAUUGA